AGUAACUCUCUCUCUGCGUCUCACACACUCUCAGUCUUUCUGCUGCACUCGUCUUUCACACGCGUCGCUCUGAGACUGACAGGCGGAGGAGAAGAUGAAGAUGAUGAUGAAGAUGAUGAUGAUGCUCCUCACCGUCGCUCCGCUCGUGCAGGGGAUCCCUGGAUUCCAGCUGCGUCUGGUGGGAGGCAGGAACAAGCUCGAGGGCCGGCUGGAGGUGCUGUAUAACGGCGCGUGGGGAACCGUGUGUGACGACGAGGUCAACAUCAAUCUGGCUAAUGUGGUGUGUCGUGAACUGGGCUUUUCCCGUGGACUCUCCUGGGCUCACAGCGCCAAGUUCGGCGAGGGCCGCGGCCCGAUCUGGCUGGAUAACGUCUCGUGUUCGGGCAGUGAGAGCUCUCUGUCGGAGUGCCGCUCGAACGGCUGGGGUGUGAGCGACUGCACUCACUCUGAAGAUCUGGGGGUCAUCUGCAGCCCGGAUCGACCCAACCAGGGUCACGUCCCCCGUUACCAAGAACCUCCUUCAGCUCAGACCUCCAACCUGGUCUCGAACGCUCCUCAGCGCGGGCACGAGAUCGCGCUCAACCGCGGCCGUGGCCCGUCGUCUCCGCAGCUCAACGCCCAUCGCAUCCAGCUGCGCAGGAACGGGUUCGAGAGCGCCGUCACCGGCCUGCCGCGGGGCCACCAGAUCCCGGACUUCCUGCGCAGCAGAGCCUCCUACAGACGAGCGCCGGAAGUGACGCCCGCCCAGACCACCAGACACCCCGAGAGACCAGCACCAGUGCCUGAGCCGGUCUACAGCCCCGAGCCGGUCUAUCCGGGUGUGGAGCACGGUAACAGGAUGGAUCUGGACUUCACCGAUAUUGACGAGCAGUCGUCUGGCUCGGUCCGGCUGGACGAGGUGCGUCUCCGACCUGUUCUGACCGCCACUCGGAGUGCUGCCAUGGUAACGGAGGGCGUGGUGGAAGUGAGGCAUGCUGGGAAAUGGAGGCAGGUGUGUAGUCUGGGCUGGGAUCUGAGCAGCAGUCGUGUGGUGUGUGGCAUGCUGGGAUUCCCGUCAGCGGAGCAGCUCGACACACGCGUGUACCGGAAACUGUGGGACUCCAAGAUGGAGGAUCCAGCCACAAGGUCUGCGGUCAGUAAGAAGGCAUUCUGGGUCGAGCGGGUUCAGUGUUCGGGUACAGAGGUUUCUCUAGCGCAGUGUCGGGCGCAGCUGUCCGUCCCGAGGCACGACGUUCCCUGCGCCGGAGGGAUGCAUGCGGUGGUGCGCUGUGUUCCCGGCGCUCAGUUCUCCAGAAGCUCCGCCUCUGGACACCGGCAGGCUCCGCCCCCUCUGAAUGCGGCGGUGCGUCUGAAGGCCGGUCCGAGGCUGGGCGAGGGUCGCGUGGAGGUGCUCCGCGAGGGAAAGUGGGGGACCGUGUGUGACCAUCUGUGGGAUCUGACCGCGGCCAGCGUGGUGUGCAGAGAGCUGGGCUUCGGCUCGGCCAAAGAGGCCCUGCGAGGAGCACUCAUGGGCCAAGGUACGGGUCUGAUCCACAUGAACGCGGUGCAGUGUUCGGGCCGGGAGAGCUCCAUCACACAGUGCCGCUUCCAGGAGGUUCCGCGUUACUCAUGCAAACACUCUCAGGACGCGUCUGUCCGCUGCAACGUCCCCAACACCGGCCUCAGCGCUACGGUGCGUCUGGCGGGCGGGCGGGAGGCGGCGGAGGGCCGGGUGGAGGUGCUGAUGGAGGUGAACGGUCAGCAGCGCUGGGGCUCCGUCUGCAGUGAGAACUGGGGCAUUAAUGAAGCCAUGGUGGUGUGUCGACAGCUCGGCUUCGGCUUCGCUUCCAGAGCCCAUCAGGAGACCUGGUACUGGCCCAGCAGCUCCGGAUCCGAGGACGUGAUUCUGAGCGGAACACACUGCAUCGGCACCGAGAUCUCCAUCCAGCAGUGCAACAGGAACGGACAGGUGUACUGCCCUCGAGGGGGCGGAGCCAGAGCCGCCGGAGUCACCUGUGCGGACGCGGCUCCGGAUCUGGUGAUCGAUGCGCAGCUGGUGCAGGAGUCUGCGUAUCUGGAGGACCGGCCGCUGCAUCUGCUGACCUGCGCUCACGAGGAGAACUGUCUGUCGUCGUCCGCUGCACGCAUGAACUGGCCCUACGGUCACCGGCGGCUGCUGCGCUUCUCCUCGCGCAUCAUGAACCUCGGCCGAGCCGACUUCAGACCGCGCGCCUCGCGAGAGUCCUGGACCUGGCACCAGUGCCACCGGCACUACCACAGCAUCGAGGUCUUCACGCACUACGACCUCCUGACCCUGAACGGCACAAAGGUCGCGGAGGGUCACAAGGCCAGCUUCUGUCUGGAGGACACAUACUGCCCUGAAGGCCUGACCAAACGCUACGCCUGCUAUAACAUGGGCGAUCAGGGCAUCACCGUGGGCUGCUGGGAUACGUACCGCCACGACAUCGACUGCCAGUGGGUGGACAUCACCGAUGUGCGGCCCGGAGACUACAUCUUCCAGGUGGAGGUCAAUCCGUCGCUCGAUAUGGCCGAGUCUGACUUCCAGAAUAACGUGAUGCGCUGCCGCUGCCGCUACGACGGAGGACGUGUCUAUCUGUACAGCUGCCACACCGGCGACGCUUACAGCGCAGAGGUAGAGGACCUGUUUGAACACCAGCGUCAGAUCUCAAACAACUUCCUCUGAUGGACCGACGCUCGUUUCUCUGACCGCGUCACAACACUCGCUGGGCGGAGCCUGCGUGAUUGACGGGUAGGGGGUGGGGUUAAUGCGAUGAUUGACAGGUGGGCGUUUACAGUACAUUUCGGCCAGUAUUCAUGAAGCAGAAGAUCAGAAGAACUUCUUGCCGUUAUAAUGAAGGGAUUUCAUGAGUUUCCAGCACAUCUGGAUGCGGCUCCUGUGUGUAUUGAUUCAUCUUCAUCACCCAUUCCAGAUUCAUAGGAAAUAAUGUAAUGCCACAAAAUAAAAAAAAACACAAAUAUUGAAAAUCAGUCAUGAAAUCGGAACAUUGUUUUUCAGGAUGAUCUGAAGUAAACAUCAUAGAAAUUUUCUUUCAAAAAGUGUCUUUUUUUCCCUGCUUCUUGUGCUUAUUUUCAUAAACUAAUUCAUAAACUAAUUUUUUUUUUAAAUUUAAUUUAAGUAUGCUAGUUUGGUCUGUUGGAAAUUAAACAUGUUUAUUCCCUGUUUUUCAUUUUAAAAUCUCUCUGUAGAUCAGCGCUUCUCAACCAGGGUGACUUAAAAGUGUUUCAGUUCAUUUUUAAAAAUAUUUUUAACAUUUUCUUUAAAUGAUGUUCAAAUAAUCUAACUCUUAAUAUUUUUUUUUAAUCAGCAUUUUAAUUUAAAGUCUAAAUUAAAAUGCUAAAAAAUUAUUUUCUAAACAAUACUUUCUAACUAAAUAAAAAAAAUAAAAAAAAAUCUUUUUUUUUUUUUUAAUUUGAAAUAGUUUUCCCCUUUCAAUAAUUAUUAUUUUAUCAAAGAACAAAGUUUUUGAAACUUUUGGAAUCACAAAAUGAAUCAUAUUUAAUUAAAUAUAUUGAUACCUACCUUAAUUUCCGUUAAUAAAAAGGUUAAAAAAACAAGCGUAAAACAUUUGUCAUAAUUAUUGUUGAAUAUUGGUUUGGAUGACAGAAGACUUUUCAGUCAAAAAGGUUGAGAACCGCGUCUGUAGAUGAUUUAAAGGAAAUGAUUUCUGAUAUUUUCAUCAGUGUGAAUGAUUGUUGUGAAUCCAAACACUCGAUCCUGACUUUAAGACGUUUCUUUUUUCUUACCAUCCGUGUCGGUCAGCCUUCGUUUCUCAUGUUUAUGUCUCUGGCCACUGGUGCUGGUUUUAGUGGCUCAUUUAGUCUUUAAUAUUAUUAUACUUUAUUAUAAUUAUUACUGGCUCAAACGGAGCAGCAGAAUCUGUGUAACAAAUGUUUCAUCACUGUUGUAUCGGCAUGUACAGGUUUAUGAACUCUGGUUUGUCUGACCUCAGGCGUUCUCUCUAUGAAGAGAAACAGGCGGUCGCUUGUUUUACAGAUUGUGCUUCAAUACUUGAAAAAUAAACGUCUC